AGUGGGUUGCAUUCUUCCUGUGAGGAGCUGAGCAGAAGGAGCAGCUGCAGCUGAGAGGCCCGUGGAGCGCACACAGGCGAGGGGCGUUAUCAUCGCCCAGCCUGCCACCUCGCAUUCCUGGGGUGGAGCGCCAAAGAGGGGCAGUAAGUGCGGGCGUCUAUAUUUGGCCCACUGCGACCUCCCGCACACCAUGACAGCUGUCCCCCCCUCCGAGCCGGACAAGUGACGCGAGGAGAUUGGCUGUAGGUCCUCUCCCUGGGAGGCGAUUGGCCGCCGGCCCUCUCUCUGAGACGGGCUCAAGCCUCCCGGCCACUUCAGGCACUUCGCGCCGCACCGUGCUGACCCUUGCCGGCUAGCGACGCACCAGCGCAGAGGAGCAGAGACCCAGAAUCCUUUUCUUAGUGGACACUGUCUUGCCUGCUGCCCUUGGUCUGGGGCUAACUACAACACCGGCAGCCUCCACAUCUGUCCUGUAUAUCUCAGCCUACGUGACUGCCCCUCAACAUCUCGCUCUGCCCUCCUUCUCCAGUCUCCUCCUUCCACCUGCCCCCCCCUCCGCACGGCCCCGCCCAUGAGGGUGGUGCCAGCGCCAUGGCCUUCUCAUCGCGCUUCUCCUUCUGGGAGCAAAAGGUCAAGGAGGAAACCAAAGCAGCCCCCAAGAGUCCUAAACUGGACAGUAACGGCAGUCUGAGCAGUCGUUCCCAGUCUGUGCCCAGUCUGGAGGCUGGCAAAGGCCUGCUGCGUGCCAAGAGCCCCCAGCCUGCCUGCGAGCCACCCUCCGGGGCCCAGCCACAGCCCCCGCUCAGGGAACGGAUCAAGAGUCCGUCGCCCAACAGGAGCCGCUUCUCUCUGGUCCGAAACGUGGAACCGCCCAAGACGCCCGACCGCUUCCGCAGUCCCGAGCCUCAGAGAACCUGGAGACUUGAGCCAGGGCAAAGCGGGGAAGGCGUGAGCAAUGGAGUGGCAACGGGCAAGACGUCAGGCUCCGGCGGUGUCCACCCGGAGCCCGCUGAAGAAGCGCAGGGCAUGACCCGCAAGAAGGUUGUGAAGGUGGUGCGCAGGGUGGUGAGGAAGGUGCUGCCCACGGAGGAGGAGGUUACGGUUCCGGCCCCGCCUCUGUCUCCGCCCCCGGCCCCGGCCCCAGGCCGGCCUCCCGGAGAGCCAGCAAAGGCCAGCGCUAAGCCUGCCAACCCCACCGUGACGUCUGUGCCCAAAACCGCAAGGAUGCCGGCGUUCUCCUUCAAGCAUGACUCGGUGAAGAAGGAAGAGAAGGAUGGCCUCUCCGCAGGGCUCGCCGGCCUGAUGAGCCGAGGGAGGAGCCGAGAUCCCCGGCCGCGCCCCCGCAGGGAGGAGCCGGCAGAAAAACAAGAAGAGGAGAGAGAGCAGAAAGCUGAGAAGAGAGAUGGCUUGGCAGUAGCAGUCAGGACACCCGAGGAUGGCCAGACGGGGGCUCCACACCGACAGGAAAAGAGUCCAGCGUCCUCUGCUCCUGCGUCUCCAGCUCACCCUUCUCCUGCAAAGCCUCCUCUGUCUCCACCAGCUGGCUUCAUCCCAGCUCCUAAGACGACAUCACCGUCACCCCCUCCUGACCUCACACCUGCCCCCAAACCCUCUUCUCUGGCCCCUCCAGCAGGGUUUAUUCCCAAAGUCGCUCAGGUCCCCGGGUCGCCUCCCACAUCCGUUCCGGAUGCCAAAUCCACUCCCGUGGUACCUAAACCUGCCUCCGUAGCUCCCCGAGCUGCCGCAGCACUGGAUCCUGACAGACCCAAAGUCCUCCCACGUCCUGUGCCCAAGCCUGACCCCUUUGCCCCGCCACCAGGGUUCAUACCUGCCCCCAUGCAGGUGCCCCCGAAGGGCAAAGAGAUGAAGACAGUCUCACGUCUGUCCUCAGCCCCAACUGGGAAGCCUCUUCUUAGCAGCCUAUCUAAAGCGUCCCACCCACCUGUAAUCCUAAAGGAGAACCCCCCGGCGAGCCCAACCGAGGAAGCUCGCCGACGUCUGGAGCGGAUCUUCGCUGCACCCCUGGAGCCUGUCUCCAGCGCCACCGCCUCCUCUCAGGUACAGGGCAGCCCCGGGGACCCACCCCACCCUGCAGGGCUCCACCUCGGCCUGGCCGCCGUCUGCUCUCGCGCGGCCUGCUGCAGCGGACAGGCAGAGGAGGACCCCGUCGCCAUCCUACGGGCGGCCCAUGCUGCCGCCACCCUGCCCAAGGUGAAGACCGAGGAGCAGAUCGCUGCCGAGCAGACAUGGUACGGCUCCGAGAAGAUGUGGCUGGUCCACAAAGAUGGCUUUUCCCUGGCUACCCUGCUGAAGCCGGACGGCGGCGUCCUGCCCGAGGGGAAGGUGAAGAUCAAGCUGGAGCAUGACGGGACGGUGCUGGACGUGGACGAGGACGACGUGGAGAAGGCGAACCCCCCGUCGUUUGACCGCUGUGAGGACCUGGCGGCGCUACCCUACCUGAACGAGUCGAGCGUGAUGCACUGUCUGCGCCAGCGCUACGGCGGGAACCUCAUCCACACGCACGCCGGGCCCAGCAUGGUCCUCAUCAACCCCAUCAGCGCCCCCUCCAUGUACUCCGAGAAGGUGAUGCACAUGUUUAAGGGCUGCCGGCGGGACGACACAGCGCCACACAUCUACGGCGUGGCGCAGGCCGCCUACCGCUGCCUGUUGACCACGCGCCAGGACCAGGCCGUCGUGCUGCUAGGAAAGAGCGCCGGGGGAAAGAGUACCAACUGCCAGCACCUGGUGCACUACCUGCUUUCCAUCGCGGGCAGCGCCGGCAAGAUCUUCUCCGCGGAGAAAUGGCAGGCAGUCUCUACUAUCCUGGAGGGCUUUGGGAACUGUGCCACAUCCGUGAACACCAACGCCAGCCGCUUCUCCCAGAUUGUGUCGCUGGACUUCGACCAGGCGGGCCAGGUGGCCUCGGCCUCCAUCCAGACCAUGCUGCUGGAGAGACUACGGGUGAGCAGACGGCCCGAGGCCGAGUCCACCUUCAAUGUCUUUUACUACCUUAUGGCUGGAGCAGAAAGCACUCUCAGGACUGAGCUGCAUUUCAACCACUUUGCUGAGACUAACACGUUUGGAAUCGCGCCUCAGACAAAGCCUGAGGACAAGCAGAGGGCAGCACAGCAGUUCACUAAGCUGCAGGCGGCUCUGAAGGUGCUGGGGAUCUGUGCUGAUGAGCAGAAGGCUCUCUGGCUGAUUCUGGGGGCCAUAUACCACCUGGGUGCCGCAGGGGCCACCAAAGAGACUGAUGAAGCCGGCCGGAAGCAGUUUGCACGCCACGAAUGGGCCCAGAAGGCUGCCUACCUCCUGGGCUGCUCCCUGGAGGAGUUGUCCUCCUCCAUCUUCAAGCACCAGCCCAAAGGCACCAUGCAGAGGUCCACCUCGUUCCGGCAGGGACCCGAGGACGCCGGCGCGGCUGGAGACAACUCAGGUCCGAAGAUUACGGCGCUGGAGUGUCUGGAGGCCAUGGCUGCAGGGCUGUACACAGAGCUCUUCACCCUCCUCAUCUCCCUCAUCAACCGGGCCCUGAAGUCCAGCCAGCACUCGUUGUGCUCACUGCUCAUCGUGGACACACCGGGCUUCCAGAACCCCCGUUUGUCCCGGCGACCUCGCGGCGCCUCCUUCGAGGAGCUGUGCCAUAACUAUGCGCAGGAGCGUCUGCAGGCGCUCUUCCACGAGCGAGCAUGCGCCCAGGAGCUAGAGCGCUACAAGGAGGAGAACAUAGAGCUCGCAUUAGAUGACAUAGAGUCCAGUACGUCAUUGUCUGUAGCAGCUAUAGACCAGGCGUCGACCCAAGCGCUGGUGAGGACUCUGGCGAGGACAGACGAGGCGCGGGGUUUGCUCUGGCUGAUGGAGGAGGAGGCGCUGCAGCCAGGAAGCUCCGAGGACACCCUGCUGGAGCGCCUGUUCACUUACUAUGGCCCUGCUGAGGGAGAGGUCAAAGGCCCCUGCCUGCUGCUGAAGAGCGAGAAGCCGCAUCACUUCCUGCUGGGUCACAGUCAUGGGACGGAGUGGGUGGAGUACGACGCGCGGGGUUGGCUGAGCUACGCCAAGCAGAACCCCGCCUCCCAAAACGCAGCCACUCUGCUACAGGACUCUCAGAAGAAAAGCAUCAGCGGGCUGUUUGUGGGUCGCGUGGGCGGGGCCACCGUGCUGUCGGGCUCCAUCGCCGGGCUGGAGGGCGGCUCCCAGCUGGCCGUGCGGCGGGCCACCAGCAUGCGCAAGACCUUCACCACGGGCAUGGCCGCCGUCAAGAAGAGGUCCCAGUGCAUCCAGAUCAAGCUGCAAGUGGAUGCAUUGAUCGACACGGUGAGGCGGUCACGGGUGCACUUUGUGCACUGCCUGCUGCCCAAGUCAGAGGCUGCGGGGACGGAGCCACGGAUGAUGGGAGGGGCCUCGCCCCGCGAGGCCGACGCCCACGGGGAGAGCUGUGACGCCGGCCUCAUGCAGCUGGACGUGGGGCUGCUCCGUGCCCAGCUCCGGGGCUCCAAGCUGCUCGACGCCCUGCGGAUUUACCGCCAAGGUUACCCUGAUCACAUGGUGUUCUCCGAGUUCCGGCGCCGCUUCGACGUGUUGGCUCCCCACCUGAGCAAGAAGCUCGGCCGCAACUACGUCGUGACGGACGAGAAGAGGGCUGUGGAGGAGCUACUGGAGUCUCUGGAGCUGGAGAAGAGCAGCUAUCACAUGGGCCUGAGCAGGGUGUUGUUCAGGGCGGGCGUGCUGGCCAAACUGGAAGAGCGCAGGGACCUGCAGACCCGCCGCAACCUCACGCUCUUCCAGGCGGCGUGCAGGGGCUUCAUCUCCCGGCAGGCCUUCAAGAAGAGGAAGAUCCAGGACCUGGCCAUCCGCUGCAUCCAGAAGAACAUCAAGAAGAACCGCGGCGUGAAGGACUGGCCCUGGUGGAAGCUCUUCACCACUGUGAGGCCCCUCAUCGAGGUGCAGCUCACCGAGGAGCAGAUCCGCGGCAAAGACGAGGAGAUCCAGCAGCUGAAGCUGAAGCUGGAGAAGGUGGAGAAGGAGCGCAAUGAGCUACGUCUCAAUACGGACCGCUUAGAGAGCAGGAUCACGGAGUUGUCGUCGGAGCUGGCUGAUGAGCGGAACACGGGUGAAUCAGCCUCUCAGCUGCUGGAGUCCGAGACCUCGGAGAGACUACGUCUGGAGAAAGACACCAAGGAGCUUCAGACCAAGUAUGACUCCAUGAAGAAGCAGAUGGAGUCCUUGGAGAUGGAGGUGAUGGAGUCUCGCCUCAUGCGUGCAUCUGAGCUCAACGGAGAGAUGGAGGAUGAUGACUCAGGGGGAGAGUGGAGGCUGAAGUGUGCACGCGCGGUCCGGGAGGUGGAGUUCACUAAGAAGCGACUGCAUCAGGAGUUCGAGGACAAGCUGGAGGUGGAGCAGCAGGGCAAGAGGCAGUUGGAAAGACGGUUGACAGACCUGCAGGCGGACAAUGAGGAGGUGCAGAGGGUGGCCCAGCAGCUGAAGAAGAAAUGCCAGCGUCUGACCGCAGAGCUUCAGGACACCAAGCUGCACCUGGAGGGCCAGCAGAGCCGCAACCACGAGCUGGAGAAGAAGCAGAGGAAGUUUGACUUGGAGCAGAGUCAGGCACAGGAGGAGGUGCAGAGAGAGAGGAGCCAGCGCGAGAAGCUGAGUCGAGAGAAAGACAUGCUGACUGGAGAAGCCUUCAGCCUCCGACAGCAACUGGAGGACAAAGAUCUGGAGAUGUGCGCCCUCAACCUGAAGCUGGAGCAGAUGGAGGCUGAGCUCCAGGAUCUGAACUCUCAGGAGUCCAAGGACGAGGCCUCGCUGGCCAAGGUCAAAAAGCAGCUUCGUGACCUGGAAGCAAAGGUGAAAGAUCAGGAGGAGGAGCUCGACGAACAGGCCGGCACUAUUCAGAUGUUGGAACAGGCCAAGCUCCGCUUGGAGAUGGAGAUGGAGCGACUGAGGCAGACCCACGCCAAAGACCUCGAGAACAAGGACGAGGAGGUGGAGGAGAUCCGCCAAUCCUGCAGCAAGAAGUUGAAGCAGAUGGAGGUUCAGUUGGAGGAGGAGUAUGAAGACAAACAGAAGGUCCUCAGGGAGAGGAGAGAGCUGGAGGCCAAGUUGCUGACCGCACAAGACCAGGUGAGCCACAGAGACGUGGAAACGGAGAAGCGUCUACGUAAAGACCUGAAGCGCACCAAAGCCCUGCUGGCUGAUGCCCAGAUCAUGCUGGACCACCUGAAGAACAAUGCCCCCAGCAAGAGGGAGAUCGCCCAGCUCAAAAACCAGUUGGAAGAGUCCGAGUUCACCUGUGCUGCGGCAGUGAAGGCCCGGAAGUCCAUGGAGGUGGAGCUGGAGGACCUGCAUGUUCAGAUGGAGGACAUCUCCAAAGCCAAGCAGGCACUGGAGGAGCAGCUGAGCCGUGUGCAGAGGGAGAAGAACGACCUGCAAUCCCGCAUGGAGGAGGACCAGGAGGACAUGAAUGAGCUCAUGAAGAAGCACAAGGCCGCUGUUGCCCAGUGCUCUCAGAACUUGGCGCAGGCCAGCGAGCUGCAGGCCCAGCUGGAGGAGGCCCUGAAGGAGAAACAGGACGUCCAGGAGAAGCUCACAGCUCUGCAGAGUCAGUUGGAGUUUCAGGAGCAGUCUAUGGUGGACAAGUCUCUACUCAGUAGGCAGGAGGCCAAGAUUCGCGAGAUGGAGAGCAAGUUUGAGUUUGAGAAGACACAGGUCAAACGCUUGGAGGGUCUCGUGUCGCGGCUAAAGGAGAGCGUGGAGAAGCUGACAGAGGAGCGGGACCAGCGCAGCACUAGCGAGAGCCGCGAGCGCGAGCAGAACAAGCGCUUGCAGCGUCAGAUGCGAGACCUGAAGGAGGAGCUGGCCGAGCUGACCAAGAAGGAGGCCGAGGCCAGCCGCAAGAAGCACGAGCUGGAGCUGGACAUCGAGAGCUUGGAGGCGGCAAACCAGAGCCUGCAGGCGGACCUCAAGCUGGCCUUCAAGCGCAUCGGAGACCUGCAGGCUGCCAUCGAGGAUGAGAUGGAGAGUGACGACAACGAGGAUCUCAUCAACAGUUUACAGGACAUGGUGAUUAAGUAUCAGAAACGAAAGAACCGAACCGAGGGCGACUCGGACUCCGGCUCCGGUGCGGAGGACCGCGUGGACGGCGUGAAGUCGUGGCUGUCGAAAAACAAGGGCUCUGCCAAGAACCUGUCGGACGACGGAAGCGUGAAAGGCUCAAGAUAUGAUGUAAAGGAGUCUAAAGACAGGAAGGAGAACGGUAAGCAGGCGAAGGAGGUCGAGGUGAGGCCCAUGUCUGUGAUGAGCUCCCUCAGCUACAGGAAACGCUCCAGCCUAAACGGAUCGGUGGGCGGCAAAGGAGACGAGAGCGCCCUCUACAGCUCGCUCAAGGAGCAGGGCGAUUCCCAGGAUCUCACCACAUUCCGCAGGAGCCGCGCUGCCGGCUCCCGUUCGGUGAGCCCCUGGAGGAAGGGUGACGAUCUGGACGACAGGGCCUCCGUUGUCUCACAUGCCUACUCGGAUGUGAGCCGAGCUAGGCAGAGCACGGAGAGCCGCUGGUCGGAGCUGGACAGGGAGUCGGUGUUUUCCAAAACCCCGAGCCGAGCCUACACCGGCCUCGCUGGCCUGGACCUGGAUGAUGAUGGCAUGUCGAGCGUGAGCACCCCGGGCCGCCGCCGGAGCGCGUCCCGCCUAGAAGAGUGGCGGGGGGAUCGUGGAUCACCCACGAGCCUGGCCCCGAGCAGUGUGAGCCGGGCCGAGUCGCGUACCUCGCUCGGACGCAGCUCCCGCCUGAGCGCCUUCGGCGUCCGUGACGACGACGACGACGACGACAUCAGCAUGGCCCUCAGCGACGCUUAUGGCCCCCGGGCCUCGAGUGGCCGCAGCCUGUCCGUGCCGCCGAGGCCCCGCACCGCCGACCCCGGCCCGGCUGACGCCUCCGACGUCAAGCCCGUCGCCCACCGCAGCUACCUGGACCCGGACCUGGAGGCGGCCAUCAACGAGGUGCUCAGCUUCAAGCCCAUCACAUUCAAGCGCAGCAGCCUGGAGGACUCGGAGGCGGAGUCCGUUAAGGUGGCCCAGCAGGACGGCGGAGGAGACGGGGGGCGGAACUCCAGAGCAGGCAGAAGCGGCGAGCGCAGCCGAUCCAGCCUGCGCCGUUCUGCCUCGGCCGUCGACUGCACGCACUCCGCCAGCAGCCUGAGCAGCCGCAGACGCAAGACAAGCAGGAAGAGGGUGGGGCGCAGCUCUGACUCAGACGAACACGACCCCGGGAGGAGGAGCUCCAAGAAGAAGGGCAAGGAGAAGAAGAAAAAGAAAAAGAAGAAGAAGACAAAGAAGGUGGAGUCCUCCUCUUCCCCCUCCGACUCGGAGUCCAGUUCCGAGUCGGACCCCAGCUCUGGAGCGUCCACUGUCUCGUACCGAAGCACGAGCAGCGUGAAGAGGGCCCCCAGCAAGCGCCCCUCGCCCUCAGAGGAGGAGAGGGUGCCUGGAGGCCCCCUGGAACCCGCUCGGCCGCUUAGCAAGAAAGAGGAGAAGAACCGGAAGAAGAACGUGGACAAUGUGAUGAUGAAGUACCUGUACAGACCUGACAGCGACUGAAGAUGACGGCCGAAGGCGGAGCCCCCCCUCUGGACGAAGGCGCCUCUACCUCGACAGAUCCGACGAGGAAGACGAGACGGACGAUAAAGAGGCAGGGGGCGUGGCCCAAAG